GCUCAGGGUCCAGCCCCUACAAGAGAGAAUAGCUACAGACUCUCCAUCCUCAGGCUUUGCAAGGGGACGGCUGUGCCAGCCGGGCUGUGGCAGGCUCCUGGCAGCAUGGCAGCGAAGCUGGGGGCUCUCCUGCUGGUCCUGGUGCUUGGCCUGGCUCAGCCAGCCUCUGCCCGCCGGAAGCUCCUGGUGUUUCUGCUGGAUGGUUUUCGGUCAGACUACAUCAGUGAUGAGGCCCUGGAGUCGCUGCCUGGUUUCAAAGAGAUUGUGAACAGGGGAGUAAAAGUGGAUUACCUGACCCCAGACUUCCCUAGUCUCUCGUAUCCCAAUUACUAUACCCUAAUGACUGGCCGCCACUGUGAGGUUCAUCAGAUGAUUGGGAACUAUAUGUGGGACCCCAGCACCAACAAGUCCUUUGAUAUUGGUGUCAACAGAGACAGCCUGAUGCCUCUCUGGUGGAAUGGAUCAGAACCUCUGUGGGUCACGCUGACCAAGGCCAAAAGAAGAGUCUACAUGUACUACUGGCCAGGCUGCGAGGUUGAGAUUCUUGGUGUCAGACCUACUUACUGCCUAGAAUAUAAAAAUGUCCCAACGGAUAUCAAUUUUGCCAAUGCUGUCAGUGAUGCUCUUGACUCAUUAAAGAGUGGCCGGGCUGACCUGGCGGCCAUAUACCAUGAGCGCAUCGAUGUGGAAGGCCACCACUAUGGCCCUUCAUCACCUCAGAGAAAAAACGCCCUGAAGGCUGUGGACACCAUUCUGAAGUACAUGACCAAGUGGAUCCAGGAGCGGGGCCUGCAGGAUGACCUGAACGUCAUCCUUUUCUCCGAUCAUGGGAUGACUGACAUUUUCUGGAUGGACAAAGUGAUCGAGCUAAAUGCGUACAUCAGCCUGAAUGACGUGCAGCAAGUGAAGGACCGGGGGCCUGUUGUGAGCCUCUGGCCAGCCCCUGGCAGACACUCCGAGAUAUAUAACAAACUGAGCAUAGUGGAACACAUGACUGUCUACGAGAAAGAAGCCAUACCAAGCAGGUUCUAUUACAAGAAAGGGAAAUUCGUCUCUCCUUUGACUUUAGUGGCCGAUGAAGGAUGGUUCAUAACUGAGAGUCGAGAGACGCUUCCAUUCUGGAUGAACAGCACCGGCAGGAGGGAAGGCUGGCAGCGUGGGUGGCAUGGAUAUGACAACGAGCUCAUGGACAUGAGGGGCAUCUUCCUGGCCUUUGGACCUGAUUUCAAAUGCAACUUCAGAGCCGCUCCCAUCAGGUCAGUGGAUGUCUACAACAUCAUGUGCAAUGUGGCAGGCAUCACCCCGCUGCCCAACAAUGGGUCCUGGUCCCGGGUGCUGUGCAUGCUGAAGGGCCAGGCCAGCGUGGCACCGACCAUCCAGCUUGGCCGCUGCGCUCUGGCUUUGACCCUCCUCCUACUGUUCGCGUAACUGGUCCCGUUGCUCGUCCCCAAACACUGUCAGCAACGCGCGCCUCCAAAGUGGAAUGAUUUUCACGUUCUGUGUGAAUAACAGCUUCAUUAACACAAUCAAGGCCAUAAAAAUUGAAAACCUAUUAUUCUUGGAUGAUUCUAUACAUAAAAAUCCUUACUUCUAAAAAAGAAAAAAAAAAAAAUCCAAACUUUGUUUUUCCUGAAAGUAGGAAAAUCCUAGCUUUUUAUUUGUUUGGCUAAAUGUAAUUUUCUCCUUUAUUUCUCAUACAGUUACUCAGGAUGAACUAUCUGAGCAGGGGCCUGGCCCUGCAGCAACCAACCUUUGGGUGGCUCUUGCAUGGUUGUCCUGGGCCCCUCUCUGUCCUGCCUUGCACAAAGUAGCCCCUGAGUCUGUGCCCUGUUCACACCCAGGAGUCAUCCUUGGGGUCUGUGGCCACAAUCCUGUACUUUUCUUUCCAUCCCAGAAAAGAGGAUGUCUACAUGAAAGCAAUAGCUGCUGUCUGUUUCUGACCUAGCUUGUGGAGUUUUCUCCUCUUAUAUAAAGUCCCAGAAAAGAUGUAUCUUAGCAAGAAUCACCUAUCAGCCCUCCAAAAAUCACUAAGAAUUGGAGAACUCAAAGAACAUGAAAAACAUGGGUUCCCUUCCAAAUAUGAGUGAACAAAAAUUUCUCCCUUGUCUUGAGGAGUGGAAAAGCUUACAAAGGAUAGGGUUUCUGUGAGAACUUAGCAUAAACCGUAUAUCCUGUAUGCACAUAGCAGGCCUUGGUUGUUGAUGGAUUGAUGGAUCGUCUGCCUGCACGUCUAUCUGUGUGAAGGCUGCCUUGGACAUUGCUGCACUUUGGCACCCAAUAUAAGGUGUAGACUAUCAUAAUACCUGACAUGUCAUUACAAGUUAGGAAGGGGAUGUCUUACUGAAGAGAAUGUGGACACAUCAGCAGAGAUGUCAGUUCAUUGCUUGGGAUGGUGAUAUAUUAAGCGUAAGUUUUAUGCACGUAGUCCUGAAGCAAUGCUUACUUAACAACAACAAAGGGAAUCCUUGAGUGACACAGAAUUCCAAAGAAAAUGGUGGAGGCCUGGGAAUGGAGAGAGCAUGACAGAGCCAGGUCCCAGUCCCUGACCAACUAGCCAUUUAAUUAGGAAACAGUUUGGUCUCCAUCAGAGACCUAAGUUCCUUAGAAACUCCCGAGAAGAGUUACUGAGCCUGAGUUGAAAUAUGUUUAAUUUAGUCACCUAAGUUUGCUGUAGGAGAUCUUGAAGAAUGAAGGAUAACUGCAUUUUUAAAUGAUUAGUCAUAUAUAUACACAUGGAUCCCAUUAUUGCAAUAAAAAUGAGUUUGUGCUAAAUAAAGCACAUCUGCAAGUGAAACUUGUCAGGAAAGGACAACAUAUCAGGUCUUCUUAGGACGGUGAAGCCCUUAUAUGGUGUUUACCUUGAAAUAUGAAUUUCAACGUUCACCCUGAUUCAAGAAGUCUGGGAGCCAUCUCUGUGCCAUGAAGCACGAGAGCAAAGGACCACUGCUUAAAAAUACCGAAUUUGUCUUCAUGAAGGAUUUCUAAGGAUUUAUGUAAUGUGUUUAAGGCUUCCAGCAAACCAUCAAAUCAACUGGAAAGAAAGCAAAUCAGCCUUUGUUAUCUGGCUGAAAGCAAAUUCGUACUUCAAUGGCAGUAGUUGUUGAAAUAGCCAUUGUUAAAAUUUUCUUUCUCCUUAAAGGAUGGUGUUCUAAUGAAUUCAGAGGAGCCCACUUUCCUCCCGUGCGAAAGAAGGAUCCCUGAGACAUACACAAGAGAUUAAAUUAAGUGUGGAUCCUCAAUAUCGAGAGGAGAAUAAACAUGUGCACAGGUUUACAUAUUUCUUGCUCUUCCCUACUUUUUUUCUCCUUCACUCAUCUUUAAAAUCUUCAAAUUACAUAAUAAAAUUUCAGAUAUUUGUCUGACAAAGUGUAAUUACUCAAUAAAUAGUGUUGAAUAAAUAAAUGAGACUCAGACACAAGAGGAAUCAUGAAUACCAGUAAAUAAUAAAGAAAAUUCAGACACCAAAUGGGGAGAACACACUUUUUGCCAAAAUACUGCAUACAUUUUGAUGGCUUCAUUAUCUGGCUAACAUUUUUUUUUUCCUUUUAUUUUUGUUUUAAAGUUGCAUUAUUUUCUCUCAAGAAAAUUCUACUCUCUGUAAAUGUAUUUCAUUUUAUAUGAGUAAAAUCUGCUAGAAAUAUGUAUAGACAUCUUUUCUCCUGGAUAUUUUACAACUUUGCUGCUAAUUCCAGGAGGAAGAUAAUUGGGUUGACUACGAAGGAUAAAUGGAAAGAAGGAUCCUUAAGUCAAAGAUGAGAUGAAUGGCCUUUCCCUGUCCAUAUGCCUAAUCUCCAGAAUCCAGUUCAAUCAAGUGCUGAAGACCUAAGCAGAAACCAUAAUAGGACCAGGGAGUUCUUUGUAGCCUAGAAGAGUCCUGAAUUAUAAAGUCCCAGCUCUCUUUUCCUUUCAAGGGACUUUGGAAAUCCACUCAAAUCUGAGUUCAGCCAUAGAGUAUAAUUUGCAACCUUUCUGGGCUUUUAAACAUCAUCUGACUGACCUCCAGAGAUGCAGGUUCAGAGGAUCUGGGGUAGAGCCUCAGACAACACUUCCAAGUCAUACUCAUCUAAGCUUUGGGUUUUUCCUAAGGAGAGAUGCGUUCUGAUUUGAUCCUGGUAGAUCUGAAAGCUAUUUUAUAAUUAGCCAGUUUCUCCAGGGGCCUUUAGGAUGACAUUGGCUACUAACCCCAGCUAGGUCAAGCUUCCAGCUCUCCUAAACCAAAGUAUAUCUGUAAGCUCCACUGGUGGGAGGAGGAACCAAAAAACAAACUUGGCUUCUCCACACCCCACUCCUUGUGGCUCUGCUUCCCAACUGGGCCACUGGACAACUCAGACAUGGUUCAAGACACACAGCUAUUUUAUGAAUUUUCUAAGAAAGUGUUUUGCAUUUCUGUAAAUAUCAAGGGAUUUCCAAAUAUGAUUGUGUGUUUUAUCUUUUUAAGCAAUUUUGGAUAGACCAAGUCAGCUACUGUAAACUACUUGCUAGAAUAAAGAGAAAAGGCAGAAUUGACAGACUGGUUAUAAAACAUUUGAAACUUGGUCUCAGGUAUGUGCUAUGGAAAAUAUACUUAUAUGUUGCUUUGGAAUCAUAAAAUAGCAUCUAGUACUAUGCCUCAAAUGUUUAAUAAAUGUCCCAUAAAUAUGUGUUGAAUGAAAGAAAUAAUAAAUGUCAUGAAGGAGACGUGCUUAAACUUUAGAUAUUCUCCAUUUUUCUGUAGUUCUUCAAAUUAAACAGACUUUCCACUUUGG